AUGGUGCUUGUGAAGGAAUACCGAAUAUGCAUGCCGCUGACUGUGGAGGAGUAUAAAAUUGGGCAGUUGUACAUGAUUGCGCGCCACAGUCUUGAACAAUCGGAUGAUGGAGAAGGAGUAGAGGUGAUUGAAAAUAAGGAAUGUUUCGAUCCUGAGCACGGCAAAGGUCAAUACACUGAAAAGCGGAUACACUUGUCCAGCCGUCUUCCCUACUGGUUGCAAGCAAUCUGUCCAAAAGUGUUCUAUGUUAUAGAGAAAGGCUGGAACUAUUAUCCUUACACUGUGACUGAAUAUACGUGCUCCUUUAUUCCAAAACUACAUAUUCGUAUACUGACGCGGUUUGAAGAUAACGCUGGCACAUCAGAAAACUGUCUGAAUCUUUCAGAAGAAGUUUUAAAAACACGAAUAGUCGACCAUGUGGAUAUAGCAUUUGAGGAACCUGCGGAAAAGCAUUACAAAAAAGAAGAAGAUCCCAAGUUCUUCAAGUCACGUAUCACCAGACGCGGGCCGCUGGUAGAGGGAUGGCGUCAAACAGACAGCCCAAUGAUGUGUUCCUACAAAUUGGUGGAAGCUUCCUUUGAAGUCUGGGGUCUACAGACGAGAGUGGAGGACUUCAUUCAGAAGUGCAUUCGAGAUGUACUCCUGCUGGGCCACAGACAGGCUUUCGCAUGGAUAGACGAGUGGCACGGAAUGAGCAUUGACGAUGUACGCAUGUAUGAGAAAGAUAAACAGAUGGAAGCGAAUGAUAAACUGCGACAAUCGUUGCCUCCCGCACUGGAAUCUGAUAACACUCAGGAAAGCAAUUAG